GCCAACAUCUCGUGUCCCCUCUUUCGGAAUCGCCCAUUCCCGGUGUCAAUCAUUCGGGAAACGUGCGUCUUCUCUUGUUGCCAUUGGCCCCGCUCCGCCUAUCACCUCUUUGAACAUGGCCCUUCCCGGUGUCUUUUGUGCGCCCCGUUCUGGUCAACUUAUCUUUAUGUGCGCCCUGAACGCGCUUACUGCCCACCGUCAAGAUGCCCACGGAACUCUCACCUCUACUUGCUGUAGCUGAUAUCGCUAGGCUGCACCUCAAGGAGUAAGGAUGAGCACACAUUCAGGGGUAUUCAAAGGGGAUACGAAGAUGGAGGUGGUGUCUAUCCUCGCAAAUUGCGGGACAAAUGUGAGCAAGGCGCGAAUGGUCCUCAUCACGUACAUCCAAGCAAAGCAGCGCAAAGGGAGGUCGACAGCACACAUAGAAGAGAAGUUGGGGCAGCUUGAGAGUAGUUUCUCGAGAGAUGUUUCUCUCCACGCGGCAUUUCGCGACGCUCGCGCAAAGACAGAUAUGCCUCGCUCUCACGUCAUUCCCCUCCCACCUGAGAUUGAAAAGCGACGUUCCAUAGCCAGUCAGUCUGGUCCUUUGCAUGCGACUAGCCAUUUGGAUUCGUUUUCCUGUUCGCCUCAUUCGCCAUCUGUGCGAUGGUCUGGCACUACUUCGACAUCGCCCCCAGAAGACAGAAUUGAGCCUUUUCCCUUCAGCAAUAUUUUAACUUCUCAACACACCGCGAAAAUCCCAGCAUCUGUAGAUCCGCAUCGGCCUCCACCUCUCGACAUCAUGGAAGAGUCGCGCUCAAGUCCGCAUCCGCAGCCACUCUCUCGCAGCGCUCCUGCCGCUUCCGCCCCUAUAACAAGAGUUUUUCGCAGUCGUUCUCGUACUUCACUUCCUCCGCCGUCUCCUAUGCGCUCGAGGAUUAUACCACCCAGCCGCUUGCCACCUGCAGCUCCGUUGCCACCCAUCCCAGCUGAACCUGACCGCCACCCUACCUCCAUGACUUCGUCCGACGAAGUCGUGAACAACGUUGGCAGCGUCUUUUUGGACACCAACGAGCCUCCUUCAUACGCCGAAAGUGCCCAAUCUCAUGCAUCUAGCUCGCGUCAUAGUCUGGAGCACAGCAACGAUAGUCUCGGAUCACGUCGCGACAGCGCACUUCCACCCUACGAAGUCGUCUCCGACCCAUUCCACCGGCAGACGCUUCGAGCCUCCUCCCACUUCACGCGUGAGCACUCAGGAUCGACGUCAUCGUCUGGUAGCACUGGUGGACGUGCUCCAUAUGCGAUAAGCGAAGACCUCGAUGACGCGAUGAACGCGUUCCGCAUGCCAGUUGUGUCCAGGAGGGAGAUCAUCAGGUGUCUUGUCGGUGAGCGGGGCUACGAGCGCGAGAACUGGGGCACAGUGCUCGAGGAGUGCGGGCUCGGCGCGGAGGAGGUCGUGUAUAUGCUGAGAGAGAUGGACCGGGAAGUGGUAACUCGUGAUUGACCGUUAUUUAUUGUUUAUACUUUUCAUGUAGGUCAUGUUUAUAUGUACGCACUGAUAGGCAUUGUUGUCUGCUAAUGAAUGGUUAUCACGACGAGGCAAAAGCCCC